AGCGGCGUGGCUUUCCGGAGAAGUUUCACAUUUACGAUCUUAUAGAUUCAAAAAUAGCAUCAAAUACCUCAACUAUUCGCCUUUUCUUAAGCCCACCCAACGGACUUUGAGUGUGGAGAGAUGGCGUGUUAUCUGUAGUGAAGAUUGAAGACAUGAUAGAAGAUGGACGACUACUGCUAUGCUAAGAUGGCGACGUCCGCUAAAAGAGAAGAUGAAAGAGAAUCAGCGCCACCAACGGAGAACAAUCUGAAAAGCGAAGAUGAAGACGUCCAGCAGAUGAUCGGUAAUCCAGAAGAAGUUUCCCCUCAGUUAGGGGGGAGCUCCACUUUGAAGCAGGAGACUCCACAACCACCCUGCAUUAAAAAGGAAGAGGAGGAACUCUGGAUCACUCAGGAGGGAGAGUGUCUUCUAGGACGAGAGGAAGCUGAUUACACCAAGUUACCACUGAGAAUUCUCUCUGUGAAGAUUGAAGAUGAUGAAGAGAAACCACAAGUAGACAACCUCUUAGCUCCACUAUCAGAUAGUGAGGCUGAAGACGAGGUUGAAGUAACUUUGAGUAGCGAUACAGACUGUGAAGGUGAUAUGAGGACUCACACUGACAACAAACACUCUGAAUGCUCUACAAAGAAGAGAGGUGAAACAUGUUUGAGCUGCUCAGUUUGUGCUAAAAGUUUUACUAAAAAGAGCAGUUUGACUCUACACAUGAGAAUACACACAGGUGAAAAACCAUUCAGUUGUUCAGUUUGUGGCAAAAGCUUUUCUCGAAAUAGCCAUUUGACUAAACACAUAAGAACACACACAGGUGAAAAACCAUUUAUUUGUUCAGUUUGUGGCAACAGCUUUUGUCAAAAUGGCUCUUUGACUCAACACAUGAGAACACACACAGGAGAAAAAACAUGUAAUUGUUCAGUUUGUGGCAAACGCUUUUCUCGAAAUAGCUCUUUGACUCAACACAUGAGAGCACACACAGGAGAAAAAACAUGGAAUUGUUCAGUUUGUGGCAAAAGCUUUUCUCGAAAUAGCAUUUUGACUGUACACAUGAGAACACACACAGGAGAAAAAACAUGUAAUUGUUCAGUUUGUGGCAACAGCUUUUCUCAAAAUAGCAUUUUGACUAAACACAUGAGAACACACACAGGUGAAAAAACAUUUUGUUGUUCAGUUUGUGGCAAAAGCUUUUCUGUUAAGAGAAUAUUGACUCGACACAUGAGAACACACUGGACUAAGACCAUUUAAUUGUUCAGUUUGUGGUAAAAACUUUCAUCAAAACAGCUCUUUGUGUCGACACAUGAGAACACACGCUGGAGAAAAAACCAUUUAGUUGUUCAGUGUGCUGUAAAAGGUUCCCACAUAUUGCAGACACAGUAAAACACAUAAGAACACACAAGGGAAAAUAACCAAUUAGCUGUUUAGUUUGUGGUAUGUUGCUCAUAUGUGGUGACAUCCACCCUACCCAGGACCUCCUCACUGCUUCUUUCACAAAUAUCUGAGGUAUUCAUACAAACUUGGAUUAGAUGAAGCAUAAUCUUAUCUACUCAUGACCCCAUGUCUUCUCUGUAUCUGAAACCUUCCUGAACAGUAAGAUAGAUGAUGCUUCAAGUGCU